CUAGUUCUGUGUUCUGUGGUUGAAUGUCAAUUUUUUUCUAGGUGUCAAGCAUCGAAGUGUUUCUUGUUUUGGACAUUUUCAGAAAAUAUUAGAGGAUACAAGAAUAUUUUUACGAUUUUAGAUCUGCGUACAAAUUAUAAUCGUCAACUCUCACAAAUGGAUGUGUAUGGGUAUCCCAUGUAUCAGUAUAAUCAAUCUGACGAAUUGGCAAAGCAGAUGUAUGCACAUCAGGCAUUGGCUUCCACGAUGCAAUAUCCCAGUACUUCUAAUCGUGCUAUGAACGAGUGUGCUGCAAUGCCACCUCCUACAGGAGCUCGGUGGAACAUUCAGGGGCUAACAUGGAGCUUGCAAUCUCCUCCGAAUCUCGUUCAAUUCACAGCUCAAACACAAGUAGACAGCAAACCAAUUAUACAUUGCAAAAGGAAGGGCACAGAUUUGGAACCGUCUAUUCCUGCAAAACAGUUGAUCACAGAAGAGAAAAUGGCAGCACAUUUCAACAGCCUCCAUAUAUCAAAAGACUAUACACAGCACUCACUAGCUUCUGAAGAUGUAAUGGAAUUAUCGGUGGAUCCAGCAUUGAUCAGUGAACGGUUGAAAGGUCAUACAAUAGUGCUUUCAGAGGAUGUUAAAAAGUUAACGGAGGAACCAUUACUCCCCGCUUCACUUAUAGAAAGAAUUCAAAAACCACAAAUGUCGCUAGUGGUCUGGAAACCUCGUGAGGAAAUUAUCAAAGUCAAACCAGAGGAUGAGAAUCAUGAAGAUGGAACAAAGAAACGGAAUGGCGUUCUUGUUCCACCGGAAAACACUGGAAUGGACAUAGAAAUGUAAUUUUAAUAUUUGUUAGUCUGUAAUGUAUAAGAAAUAAUGUCUUCAAUAUUAUAUGUGAAUUGGUAAGUUUAAGCACUGAUUAUCUAUCUUCUAUAGACUCGAAGGUUACUUAAUUUUGAGAUUAGGUUAAAAAAACUCAAUAUUUUGUAACAUUUGAGUAUGAUUUAAUUAUUUCUUUUUACUAUUUUCUGUUCUAUAAUUUUGUCUCCUUUUUAGGUUAGAUUAAAUUUUAUAAUAUCAAAUGGCAUGUACCUUCUUAUUAUGUUUGGCUUAAAUUCAUUGUAAAUUCGAAGACUGUGUUCUAUUUGUAUUAAGAAAAUAUAUAUUUGUGGUGCUAUUGCUUCAUGGUGAGUAAUAAUAAUUUAUCUUUAUUA